CAAAGAUUAAAGAUGGCUCCAAGUAUGUAAACACCACCAACAUUGCGAUUAGCCGCUCUUCUAUAUAGUGAGCUGCUUUCCGGACUAGUGGUCUCGACAAGUCUGGGGUUCUGACCGUCAUCUGUUCAUUUUGCGAUGUGGUUUCGCUGAUUUUCUUCCUCGGACCAAAAUGCACCCUAUGCUUCUUCAAUAUCUGCUCUUCACCGCCAAGAGAUAUGAGCCAACCGAAAUCUGCCUAAACAAAAGAAAAACAAACGAAAAAGGAAAGAGUUUUUUGGGAGAACCUUUCUUUGUAUGCUUUUUUUCUUAGUCAGCGGAGAUGUCCUUGUGCUCGCCCUAAGAGUGGUGUCGUAUACUAUAUAUUGGUGAGCACGGUGAAUAUCAUAUUUCCACACCACCCAAAAUGCUGAUCACUACAAGCACGCUAAUCGCAACCAACACUCAGGCUGCUGCUGCUAAGAAAUCUGCCUUGAAGGGUACCAACUCCAAGAAGGCGGUCAAGGUGAGAACCAACACCACCUUCAGAUUGCCAAAGACCUUGAAGUUGGCCAAGGCUCCAAGAUACGCCAGAAAGGCCGUUCCUCACUACAACAGAAUGGACGCCUACAAGGUGAUCGAGUCUCCUAUUGCCUCUGAGACCGCUAUCAAGCAGGUCGAGGACGGUAACACCUUGGUUUUCCAAGUCAGCUUGAAGUCCAACAAGCACCAAAUCAAGGCUGCCGUCAAGGAGUUGUACGAGGUUGACGUCGAGAAGGUCAACACCAUGAUCAGACCAAACGGUACCAAGAAGGCCUACAUCAGAUUGACUGCUGACCACGAUGCCUUGGACGUUGCCAACAGAAUCGGUUACGUCUAA